AUGAACUAUGGUAGGGAGGACCGUUCAUUCAACAUCAACACAGUUUCUCACGCUGACGAAUCAGGACUCACCCUACUCGCAGACACGGCACUCAAUGACGAGGCCGAUGUCUCUCGCACUCCCAUCUUAGACCCCAAUCUCGAGGGCAUGAGCACACACGACCCUCGACAAAACGUUAAUGUCCCUAAUGGCCGUCUAAACAACAAUGAGCCUAACGAGACUACCCAUAAUGAAUCUACGCAACCAGACAUCGAGGAGUCGAGCGAGAGGCUCGAUGUCUUCUUUGUGCACCCUAUGCCAGAAAACCCGCCUAUCGUGUUUCCUCACACGCCGCCGAAUUCUAAGUCUAGCCUAAUCAAAUCUCUUGAUCCCAAUACAUCUUGUGUGCCAUCGCGUCUCUUCGAGUCCAUUCUUAACAACACCACUUCAAUUGAGUCUAAUGUGAGAGACUCGAAACACGAUCAGAUUGACAAUGAUGUGCCCAUGAAUUAUGAUUCUGAUCCUAUCGAAGUACCGACCUCCGGUACUAUCCCCUACCACGGUCUUCCUCGUGCCGAUAGCAAGACUACUAUCUCAUUCGAAGGGCUCACCAAGUCUGAAGCUGAGAGCUUUUUACUAACCGAGCCUGCUAAGUAUAAUGACUACCAUUCGGUAUACAUCCCUAACAUCAUCCACACUAUCAAAUUGUAUUGUUUCUGUCAAGACGAGCUAAUCACUAACGAUUGGAACAUCCAUUUAUUCCAUGACGGCUACCCUGGACAUCCUGUCAUCUCCGGGGGAGUCAGACUCCCUACCAGCGGUCCGCGUUCAGGACGAACUUGGCAAGAACGUGUUCGCGAAAUCAUUGACCAUUGCGCACAUUCUCGACAUCUCAUUCACUUAGUCGAAACCAUCCUUUCCACCCGCAUGCUCGCAGAGGCAUCUAUGCGUGCCGGGACCAUAAAAUGUGAUAAUUCCUUACAUAUUAAGGGAGGACUCAUGCACUCAACAUACGCCGGACGCUACGAGGACGUCAAUCUGUUUUUCUCAGUAAGUGAGACUAAACGGCUCAACUCUUAUUCAGCCAUUGCCGAGGCUCAUGGGGAGCCAGAACUUGCCUCAAAAAUCCUCGACACCUUACUCAUGCUGUUCCCUGACGAGGACACCAUCUCCGCACUCACUGAGUCUCGUCUUCUCGACGUCGGGACCGUUCACGACAUUCUCCGGUUCGCGUUUGAUUGA